UGAAUUCUGCAGAGAUCAUUUAAGAAUUUAUUGAAGCAAAAUGCUGGAAAAUGGACAGAAAACAGGAAAAGAGAAGGACAAGAUACAUGCAUGAUACAAAAAAAAAAAAAAAAAAAAAAAAGAAGAGAAACUGAAAUGAAGAGGAAAGACAAACAAGGAUGGUUGACUGUAUUCUGCAUGAAAAAUAUGAAACGAGAUAAUAUGCCUUUCAUUGUAAGAACAUAAUGACAGGCAAUUCAUUUAAAAAGCCUGACUUAAAUUAAGGAUUAGCACAAAGGGAAAUACAGCACCAGCCAUCAAUAUUAAUGACAUUCCAGGCUAUUCUGUGGUCUCCAUUCAGGUUAGUUGUGGAAAGCUAAAUGACCACAGAAAUCUUAUCCAUCCACCUGAAGUCAUUAUAUACUGCAGUACUCAGAGACCUUUUGAUCAUGUUAAAAAGCUCAUGAAAUAUUCAAACACACCAACUAGCUAUUUAAGCAGAACUUAAGGCAAACUACACUAUCAUUUAGUACACGCUUUCUAAAAAAAAAAAAUACUUGAUUCUGAACAGUUAGUCGAAGCAUUCAAACAUGUAAUAUAUAUUCAUUUUGAUUAAACAAACACUAUCUAAUAUAUUAUAUAAUCAUUUGUAUCCAUGUAAUAUUUAAGGUAAUCUGUAUUGUGUCAGGCUCUUGAUCACUCUGAUAUUCAAUUUGUCCAAGAAUAAGAAAGUACUGGAAAACUGAAUAUAUUCAGUUAUAUAUAGAUUCAGUUUAGAUUACCUUGCACUGCUUAUAUUUAAAACAUUAAAGUUCCAUUAAUUUAAUUGAUUAGACAUUGUUUUUGAUUAUUAAUAUUUAAGUAAACCAUUAAAAUGGAAACCAGACAUUUUUAAAAAAAGAAAAGCCAGAAUUUUGGGAAAAAAUAAAAUGGAUUUCAUUGCAGUCUCACGAAUAAAUAUGCUAUAUAUGCUAAAAUAUAUACACAUACAUUUAUUUAUUUAUUUAUUUUUUUUUUUAUCUUAAAACCUUCCAUUAUUGAGUGCAUAAACUCUUAAAAUGUGUGUGGUUAUAAAUAAACUAUUCUUUGACUCCGAGCCAGAGUUCACCAAAAGAACUGAAUGUUAUCCGUUAGGACAGGCCCAUCCAAAAAAACAUUUUUCCCAUCUCAGUAAAGCUUUUCCUGCUCACUGGAAUGUGGCUGUUCCCUUGCAUGCCUUAAAUUGAGCCUUUAACCAUAUAUGGUAAGAGGAGAAAACGAGAGACUGAGCAGUAUUAUGUCAACUUCUUUUGCUUAAACAAACAAGAGCAAAGAUUAGCCUAAAUGGCCACUGACCAAAAAAGCUCAUGCCAUUGGUAGUAACAGACUAUAACUACAAUAUUCUAGUUUCAGAGUUGAUAUUUAAAAGUUUUACACGCAACGUUUCACACUCUUUUGUUAGCAACAUUUCAACACUUCCUGACUCAGACACACCCUCUGCAGAUAUGACGGCCCAUGCUACAGAGGAAACACGCAGGCCUACACUUCAAAAACGCAUUUCUAUGCUUCCAAACAAACAUUUUUAUUCUCGCAGUUCACGUAUGUUAAUUAUUGAAUGCAGGUCAAAUGGAGGAGGCAGGUGAGGUGCUAUCAGACACACAAACAGCAGCUUGUUGUCCUUAACACCAUGCAAACUAACUGACAUCAGAACAGAAAAGUUUUCAAUGCACUCACUCACCGUGUAUUUGCUCCAAGUUAAACUCAAUCUGGAGGUGACAUACAACAGUGGCAAAGGAAAACAAUACAAAAGAUCACAAUGAUGACCAAACCUUAUGGAAAACCAGGGGAUGUGACUGAGCUAGUCAGCUCUCUGGGAUGGAUGGAGGAAGACCUCAGCUCACAAGAUGGUGAUAGGACACCUGAGAUAGGUCACUAUGCGCUACACAGGAGCAAUCGUGAACCUGUAGAGCUUGGCAGUGAGGAUAUGGAGGAAGAGGAGGAGGAGGAAGAGGAAGAAAUGGGUCUCGAUGGAGAAAAGGCACCCAAGCGAAGAGGUCCUAAAAAGAAGAAAAUGACCAAAGCCAGACAAGAACGUUUCCGUGCCCGCCGCGUCAAGGCCAACGCAAGGGAACGCUCGCGCAUGCACGGGCUGAACGAUGCGCUGGACAACUUGCGGCGAGUCAUGCCUUGUUACUCAAAGACCCAGAAGCUCUCCAAAAUCGAGACCCUGCGGCUGGCCCGCAACUACAUCUGGGCGCUUUCGGAGGUUCUGGAGAGCGGCCAGUCACCUGAGAGCCAUGGUUUUGUGGAGAUGCUUUGCAAGGGGCUUUCGCAACCUACCAGCAAUCUCGUAGCCGGCUGCCUCCAACUUGGACCCUCAACUAUGGUGCUCAACAAGCUGGAUGAAAAGUGCGGGGUGCCAGGAGCAGGUGGUCCGCAGGGUCACCCCAUUAGCUAUCCCUCACCGGGACUUCCCAGUCCACCCUACGGCUCACUGGAGGCCUCACACUUGCUUCAUCUGAAGGGUUUCAAGGGGGCAGCCUAUGAGAACUCCUCACCCAACGAAUGUAGCAGCGGCACGCCACCUUACGACGGCCCUCUUACGCCGCCACUCAGCAUCAGCGGCAACUUCGCCCUCAAGCAGGAGCCGUCUCCUCAUGAGGCUGAGAGGAACUUUACUCCUCACCCGACCCACGGCGCACAUUACAUCUCCUCACACCCUUACCCGCCCACCUCCUUGGCCGGUCUUCCAGCUCCUCAGGGUCACCCUCUAUUCCCAGCUUCCCGUUACGAGCUUCCUUUAGACAUGGCUUUCGAGCCGUUCGCCCCUUCGCACAUUGUGACAUCACAGAUGAGCAGCAUUUACAGUGAAUAAACAAAUAUGACCACCAGAGACGCUCAGCAAUUCUGCCUCCUGCUCCUCAGUGUGCCUCCAGGGGCCCAGCACAUUUAAGGAGACAUUUUGCAUGUAUCCUGUCUGAUCCCUUAAGAGACCGUAGCGGUCACUGAGAGAGAAACGCAACCUACCUGUGGCAAUUGAAGUACUGAGAAAGAGAUGCAUAUUUUUUUUGUUAAUUUAUUCUUGUUUUUGUCACGACUGAGUUUGUUACUAUUUUAAAUGUUAUUUUUAAUUGUUCUGGGAUUUGUAUUCUGUGUCCACCUGAUGUUCUCCUCCUCAAACAGGACGGCUUUUUUGGAAACAUGCCAUCAAACAGGAGAGUAAGAACCUCAGUAUCUUCGGCACUGUUCAACCACUAAACAAAAUGAAUGAAGGAAAAGGACAAUAAAUUUAGCACACUACAUUUGCCAUAACAAAUGCAUUUAUUUAUGACUGUAUUUAUUAUUUAUUUUGAUGACAAUUGUACAUGUUUUGAAACAAUUUGUCAGCACUGUUUUUAUUGGUUCUUUGGUACACUGCCAGUCACUGCUACCAAUACUCAUAAAGUAUCUAAUUUAUUUAUCAUUCAGUUUAAUGUAUUUUUGUCAUUCUCCACAAUGUUUGUAAUUUUGCUCAAGCGUUUGUAAAUAUUUACCUGUUUCGCACUUAAUAAAAUAAAUAUUCUUAUAUAACA